GGCUGCUGAGGUGAUCUGGCGCAGAGCGCUGGAGCUGCUUGCCGUUAGUCGGGCUCCUCCCCUCGCUUUGCGGCCUCUCUGAGGUUGAUCCCGUUCUUGUGUACUCUGGCAGAAUGUGGAUGACGCCCAAAAGGAGCAAGAUGGACGUCGACGAGGCUCUUGUUUUCCGGCCCGAAUGGACCCAGCGUUACUUGGUGGUGGAACCUCCAGAGGGCGAUGGGGCCCUGUGCUUGGUCUGUCGCCGCCUUGUCGCUUCUACCCGCGAACGUGACGUCAGGCGCCACUACGAGGCGGAACACGAAUACUAUGAGCGGUAUGUGGCGGAGGGCGAUCGCGCGGCCUUGGUGGAGCGUCUGCGUCAGGGCGACAUGUCGUUGAGCACCUUGCUCACUCCAGAGGAGAAAGCUGCUCGUGCAGGCCUCGGGCUCUGUCGCCUGUUGGCCUUGAAGGGUCGCGGCUGGGCUGAGGGGGACUUUGUACACCAGUGCAUGGAGAUAUUGCUAAAAGAGGUACUGCCGGAGCAUGUAGGCGUCUUGCAAAGAAUUAAUCUGUCUCCAGAGAUCACAAGGCAGAGGAUUCUGAGCAUUGACAGUAAUCUACGUUGUCAGCUUUUUAACCGAGCCAGACAAUUUAAAGCCUAUUCUCUUGCCUUGGACGACCAGGCUUUUGUGGCCUAUGAGAACUAUCUCCUGGUCUUUAUUCGUGGCGUCGGCCAUGAUUUGGAGGUGCAGGAAGACCUUCUGACCAUAAUCAACCUGACUCAUCACUUCAGUGUUGGUGCACUCAUGUCGGCCAUUCUAGAGUCUUUGCAGAGAGCAGGGCUUAGCUUGCAGCGAAUGGUUGGACUGACCACGACGCACACUUUGAGAAUGAUUGGUGAGAACUCAGGACUGGUCUCAUACAUGAGAGAAAAGGCCGUGAGUCCCAACUGUUGGAAUGUUAUCCACUAUUCAGGAUUUCUUCACUUGGAACUGUUGAGCUCUUAUGACAUAGAUAUUAAUCAGAUCGUAAAUACCAUAUCAGAAUGGAUAGUUUUAAUUAAGACCAGAGGCGUUAGGCGACCGGAGUUUCAGUCUUUACUAACUGAAUCUGAGUCAGAGCAUGGUGAAAGGAUUAAUGGACGAUGUCUGAACAACUGGCUUAGAAGAGGGAAAUCUUUAAAAUUAAUAUUUUCAUUACGAAAAGAAAUAGAAGCAUUCUUGGUUUCAGUAGGGGCAACAACAGUCCAUUUCACAGACAAGCAAUGGCUUUGUGACUUUGGCUUUUUGGUGGAUGUUAUGAACUACCUUCAAGAACUCAGUGAAGAAUUGCAAACUAGUAAAGUCUUUGCUGCUUCUGCCUUUGACCAUAUUUGUACUUUUGAAAGUAAGCUGAAUUUAUUUCAGAGACAUAUUGAAGAAAAAAAUCUAACAGACUUUCCUGCUUUCAAAGAAGUUGUUGAUGAGCUUAAACAGCAAUAUAAGGAAGAUCAAAAAAUAUUUGAUCCCGACAGAUAUCAAAUGGUGAUCUCUCGUCUGCAGAAAGAUUUUGAGAGACAUUUUAAGGACCUAAGAUUCAUCAAAAAGGACUUAGAACUUUUUUCAAAUCCAUUUAACUUUAAACCCGAAUAUGCACCUAUUUCAGUAAGAGUGGAGCUGACAAAACUUCAGGCAAAUACUAGCCUUUGGAAUGAAUAUAGAGUCAAAACCCUGGGACAGUUCUAUGCUGGAUUGCCUGCUGAAUCUUACCCAAUUAUCAAAGGGGUUGCCUAUAAGGUGGCAUCCUUGUUCGAUAGUAACCAAAUCUGUGAAAAGGCUUUUUCUUAUCUGACUCGAAACCAACACACUUUGAGCCAGCCACUGACAGAUGAGCAUCUUCAAGCCCUGUUUCGGGUUGCCACAACUGAAAUGGUUCCCAGUUGGGAUGAUCUUGUGAGAGGAAUAAAUGAAGCUAAUCUAUAAGCCUUUGUAGUACAACAUUGAAAGAAUACCAGAAGCAAAAAUCUGUUUUUUUUUUUCCCCCAAGUUUUCUAAUUUGGAUUGUUGGAAAACACCAAGCUUACUACAAGACAUCCAAAUCAAUCACAAUUCAGAACCUCCUGACAGUUGCCUUUUUUUUCAUAUGGCAGCAUGGGACUGAAACAUGAGAAUACCACCUUUUUUAAAAAAAACUUUGUUUAAUGGAAAAGUCAUUGUCUUUUACUUUUAUGGUAUAAUUGAUUUUAAGGAGUUUAAUAUUGACAACAUUAGUUGAAUUAGAAGUCUGUUUUUAAGGUGUUCUGAGAAUAUAUGCCAAAAAUUUAACUUUUAUUUUAAUGAAGUUUUAAAAUUUUGAUUCCUGUAGUCUGAAGUUAGCAACCCCUUAAGUGUUUAAACUAAUUUGCAAAAACUCACAUAGCAAGUUCAUGAGUUCAAAAAAAGAAUAACAUAACAUACAGUGGAGGUAUUUUGUCUAACAAAAUGUUUUGAGACUAUAUUUUUAAAACAUUUCUGAGUCUGAAAUAAAUAUUGCCAGAUUUCCUUCCUCUUACCUUCCCCCAUUCACCCCAGUGAAUCUGAUAUUACUAACAGAGGAAGUAAUCAAAAAUUUAGUCAAAGGAGCAAGAAUUGUUUUUAGGUGGCUGAUUUUAGGAGGCUUCCUGCAAUUUGGAGAUAAGACUUAACCAAUUUCUGGGGGUUUUCCCUGAAUUUUUCACAACUGGGGGAUGUUUUAUCAGCUUGCCUAUCAAAGGACUUUGGCAUCAACCCUAGGAGAAAAUGGCAUGCUAUUUAUUUUGCUACUUUCCUUUACAGAUGAUUUCUGGCUCUUCUGGAAUUUAAAAGUAAGUAAAUUUAACAAAAUAUUAGAAGAAUGACUUCGUCCUCUGGUCACUAGUUAUUCAGUUCAUUUGCUUUCCCACCUGCAUAAGGUUCUUAUCAUCUCUGCAAGGAAGAUGACCCCAAAGUGCUGUAUAGUUAAUUCAUACUUUUAGAUUUGCUAUAUUUCUUUGCUUUCAUAUUUCCAUGCCUCUCUGAACUUAAUUUCUGGGUAACAGGCCUUCAGUCUUAAGUAGGGGAGCCAUACCCUUAGUCUCUUUCCUUAAACUGUUCUAAUUUACAGGAUUAACUACCAUUAUACUCUUAGUUGGAUUUUUAAUCUGAGUCACAUUAAUUCAUUCAGAGAUCUUAACAGUAGAUAUGGCAGUCAUCCAGUGAUUUGAUCCUUGCUAUAGAACUAUUUAAUCAACCUUUAAGUGAAAGGAUUUUUCACUUUUGUCUUAUAAUUGAAAAGUUGCUUCAUUCUACCCAGUAAGUAUUUGAGUUUAUGAUUCUAUUUCUUUCCAUUUCUGCCUGUAAACUGACCAGUUCUUUUCUGAGUUAUUUCUUCUCUACAUUUUGUCAGAUGCAGCCAAAAUCAACCACAAAAUAAUUUUUCUUUUUAUUUAGUAAAGGGUAGAUUAUCAGCCUUCUAGUUUAUCUCAAAGAAUAGUUUGGCCUCUCCUUAAUAGCAAUUGUCCCUGUGUAGGUUAUUUCUUUCAUCCUCCAGUAGUAAUUUCCUGAAUGCCUGCCAAUUAAUCACUAGGCCAUUGGGUUCAGUAUUUUAGUAACCGCUACAAAAUCUUAGGGUUUUAAAUAAGUUGUCUCUUGCAACUUGUCUAGGGACUUUGUUCUAGGUAAGGGGUUGGCAAACUACAGCCCAUAGUCAAAAUCCAUCCUGAUUUAUGUUUCUCUCUCUCUCUCUCUCUCUCUCUCUCUUUUUUUUUUUUUUUACUAUUUUUUAAUUGUUUUAUUUAUUUUUUAAAAGUUUUAUUGGAGUACAGCCUUGUCCAUUUAUAUAUUUUCUAUGGCUGAUUGUGUUUUACAGUGGCAGAGUUGAAUAGUUUCAACAGCAAGUAUAUGUCUCACAAAGCCUAAAAUUUUUACUUUGUGGCCCUUUACAGAAAAAGUUUCUUAAUCCUUAUUCUUUAUUUUCCUCAUUCUGGGACUCAGGCUGACAAAGCAGUUACCAUCAGGGAUGUGGCUGCUCAGUUUGGGAAAUGAAAAAAGUUUGACAAAUAACUUGUAGACCCUUAAAGUAACACGGCCACACCUCAGUCCUAGGAGCAAAAUCCUUCCACAACCAGGGAGGAAAGCCAGAAAUAUUUGGAAGAUAACACUACUGAUUAACAUGAUUGUAUUUCUCCAUUUAUACAAUUUUUUCAAUAUAUUUUUGCCUUUUUAUUGAUGUAAAACUUGAAAGUUGACAAAAAUUAAGUGUAUGUUUGAAUGUACCACCCAGAUCAUGAUAGAAAUAUUUCUGUCACCCCAGUAGGUGUCCUUAUGCCUUUCUCACACACAGAUAACUGCUAUUCUGACCUGUAUCACCAUCAGUUAGCUUUACCUGUUUAAAAACUAUAUAAGUGGAAUAAUUAUAUGCACUCUUUCGUGUCUUUGUUCAAUAUGUUUGUGAGGGUAAUCCAUGUGGAUGUAGUAGAAGCAAUUCAUUUUUACUUUGUGUUGUAUUCCAUUGUAUGACUCUACUACAAUUUAUCUAUUCUAAUGCUGAUGGAAAUUUGGAUUGUUUCCAAUUUGUGGUUAUUAUGAAUAAAGUUGCUA